AUGACACGAGCUGCUGCUCCGCCGAUUCUGCUGCAGCUCCAGAGCUCGGAGUCGGCUUCCUCACAGGUGGCUUUGCUGCGUACGCUGAAAAAUGAACUGAUCGGCCAUGACCAGCGCAAAGAAACCUAUAUUGCCGCCGGUAUCAUCCCAGCUCUGGGGCAGUUACUUAGCUCGCGACGGCCGGGGAGAGCUACCGCAGCAGAGUCCAAUGGGACCGCCCUGAACCAUGCCCCAUUGUAUCAAAACACAGACGAGUCUGAAGCAUGCCUCCAGGCUAUCUUGAUUGCGGGCAGCUUGGCCCAAGAUUGUCCUCCCUCUUUUACUCUCCCCAUACUGCGAUUCUUGAACACCAUUGCAGACCGACUUCCACUGCAGAGCCAGGAUCAAUGGCCUCGAGACACCCGUCUGGCAGACUUGGUCUUUUCAGGCGAGCACAUUGGUUCAAUCAGACGAAUCGUUGCACAAGAUUAUGGCUCUGCGCGUAACCGAGCCUGUGUCGAGCUGGCAGCUGCAUUGAUCGGAAAGCUAUGCACAGAAGAGAUCCACAAGACAGCCUUGGCAGAGUCUGGCGUGCUGGAUGCCCUCGCCGUCAAGGUUGCCACCUUUGUAGUGGCGCAAGGCUUUGUCCUUCCCGGUGCUGAAGAUAAUCUACAGGACCCUGGUUCCUUGGGGGAACUCCCAGCCCCAGCACCAAAAUCCGCACGCUUGGCUCCUAUACUUCGUGCAGUCACGGUAAUCAUUGAGCAGUCGAAAUGGCGGGCAGAGCACUUCCUGUCUUCACCUGGAAUAGUCACAGUCUUUCCCAAACAAGUGCCCGGAUUCGCCUCAUCGGAUAUCAAAAGAGGUCCCUGGGGGUCGACCUACCUGUCCGGCUCCGCGGUCCCGCGUAACACGGGCGCCAAUCCAGUCGACACUUUGCUGCCAUCGGUUCCUUUAGCGCACGGGAGAUCAUCACCAAACUCGGCCAAUUUCCCGCCUUUGGGGAACAGUAGCUCUCAGCGCCACCAUAGUCACUCCUUCCCCACACCGUUUUCGCUGGCUGAGACACCAACCCCAGAAGAGGAGGAAAAUUCUAUUGUCCCAUGGCUACUAUGUAUUCUCCGUUCCGAGGGAGGCAUGGUUCGAUUGAUGGCUGCUCGGCUGGUUACGGUCCUCUUCCGCCUCGGCCUCUCGAAGAAACAUCGGGUUCCAAUGUUCAGUUACUUAUUGGUUCCGAUUCUACUUCGUAUGCUGGACAAGGAUUUUGAAAUACCAGACGACCAUGACCCUUGUGAUGAUGGCCUCAUCACACCAACGCAGCGGUUGAAGGAGGAAGCACCGGCAGUAUUGGCUAACUUGGUCAUGGACGAUCAAGAUCUUCAGAAACACGCUGUUGAUGGUAAUGCUCUCAAAAGGCUAUCUCAACUGCUCAAAGAGACUUACAAUCCGGUCCCGGAGAGCCUACGACCAAUGUGGUAUGCGGAAGGCGAUGGCCCAGCGCGAGAUCCCGAAUCCAUGUCGGCGGACUGCCGACUCGGACCACCUGGCUACUCGCCCGUCCUGUGCCAUGUCAUGCGGUACCGUGAGAGCAUCUUGAAGGCCCUGGCGGCACUGGUCCCAUUCAAGGAUGAGUACCGUAAGGCGGUUUGUGAAAAUGGUGUGGUUCCAUAUAUCAUCGACUCGCUUAAGCCUCGGCCUAGCGAUGCGCCCGCUGAUGCUGCAUCAGUGCCUAAGAAUUCAGCCGCCGACGGCAACCCGACGCCAACAAUACUGGCUGCUUGUGGUGCUGCUCGGAUGUUGACCAGGUCAGUUAGUGUGUUGAGGACCAGUCUCAUUGACGCCGGCGUUGCUCAGCCGCUGUUCGUUUUGAUCAAGCAUCCUGACCUGGAAGUUCAGAUUGCUGCCACAGCAGCAAUUUGUAACCUGGCGCUGGACUUCAGUCCCAUGAAACAGGCAAUUAUUUCGAGCGAUAUCAUUCCAAUUCUCUGCGAGCAUGCCCGCUCGUCCAACACCAAGUUGCGAAUUGAAUCGCUUUGGGCACUCAAGCAUGUUGUAUAUAUGUCACCCAAUGACGUUAGAAUGAAAGUCAUCGAAGCUCUCAGCCCAGGGUGGAUCCGACAGAUCAUUAGCCAGGACCAAGUCAGUGCAUUAGCGAGGCGAGGUAUGGAAGAGGAGAUGGACCAAAGCUCGGGAAUUGCCAUGGGCCGUGUCAACUCAUUCGGCGAACAAGUCGAUAUUCUCAACCCCAUGGAAGACUCUGAAGAGCUCGGCGAAGACUUCAAGAUGGGUGACAGCAUGCCAUCCUCGAAGAUGAGCCUGGACAUGUUCCUGCCAGAUGUGAGACGCCGACGCAAGCUUGUUCUGCAUGGAUCGCUGGAGCAGUCCACUCAAUCUCGACAGGAUGAUAUCGCAGUUCAAGAGCAAAUGUUCGAUUUGCUACGCAACAUCAUAUGCGGCGAAGGUGCUGUCGAGAUGGUUGACUUUUUGUUCAGAGAAAUCGGACAGGACGAGCUACUGGAUGCUCUCGCCAAUAACCUCCGCCCGCGCUCAAUCCAGCUCGCUCAUCGCCGUGAAUCGUCCAGCCGUCCCCUACAUGUUCCCACGGAAAUUCUCAGCUCCGUCAGCGCCGUCGUCAUCCAUCUCGCCGCAGGGCCCAUUCGUCAUAGACGGGUGCUGAUGUCGCACCCUGAUCUUCUGCAAUCGCUGACAAAUUACUUCAACCACUCCAACCGCGAAGUGCGGCUCAACUGCGUGUGGAUAGUCAUUAAUAUCCUUUAUGUGGAGGACUCGAGUGACCGCGACGGAUGCCGAGAGCGGGCUAGCCAGUUGAAGGCUCUGGGCAUCGCAGACCGCCUGGAUAGCCUUAAAGACGAUCCCGAUCUGGACGUGAAGGAGCGGACUAAGACUGCGGUACAUCUUAUGAACUCGUCGUUGGCUUAG